CCGCCCUUACUCCCGCGGAAGAGGCGGGGCUCGGAGAGUUGGCCUGGCGGGGAGCAACAUGUCGGCGGCAUUGAGGAGCGUGAAGGGAAUGGUCGGCCUGGUGACUGGCGGCGCUUCCGGGCUGGGCCGUGCCACGGCGGAGCGGCUGGUGCAACAGGGGGGCAGUGCCGUGCUGCUGGACCUGCCGAAAUCCGAGGGGGAGACGGUGGCCACGUCCCUGGGGGAGCGAUGCGUCUUUGCUCCGGCGGAUGUAACGUCGGAGUCGGACGUCAAGGCCGCUUUGGCUCUGACCCAGGAGAAAUUUGGGCGCCUGGACGUGACUGUGAACUGCGCCGGCGUGGCCGUGGCGUUCAAGACCUACAACAUGAAGAAGGACACCCCCCACAACCUGGAGGACUUCCAGAGGGUCAUCAAUGUCAACAUCGCUGGAACAUUCAACGUCAUCCGUCUGGCAGCGGGUCUUAUGGGGCGGAAUGAGCCGGACGCAGAUGGGCACAGAGGGGUGAUCGUCAACACGGCCAGCGUGGCGGCCUUCGAAGGUCGGCCAGGCGGCUUACUCGGCUUCCAAGGGAGGCAUUGUGGGAAUGACCCUGCCCAUCGCACGGGAUUUGGCCCCUAUGGGGAUCCGAGUCGUCACCAUUGCACCAGGCCUGUUUGCAACCCCCCUGCUGUCGUCGCUUCCCGAAAAGGUGCGGACGUUCCUGGCCCGCCAGGUGCCCUUCCCGAGCCGCCUGGGGGCCCCGGAGGAGUAUGCUCAUCUGGUGCAGUGCAUCGUGGAGAAUCCGAUGCUCAACGGCGAAGUGAUCCGGCUGGACGGCGCGAUCCGGAUGCAGCCCUGAGCUCGCGGCCCCGGCCGGGAAGAACAGGAAGGGGCCCGCCCUUACCCUCUGGUUCCCCAGGAGGCGGGGUGUGCCCUCUUCCCCCGGGGGGACCUCAACAGCGGGACUUUGAACCCGCCGACGGUUCUCGGCGCUUCCGUCUUGCUGGAAUGGGAGCCGGCCAAGCAAAUGAUCAACGGAUGGAACUUCUAACAAAUUAAUGAUUGUCGCAGUGAGCCCCUUCCUCCUGUAGGGGGAGUCGACUCUGGAGGGUGCGGAGAACUAGAGGAAGUCCUGCCCUCCUCGCUUCUCUACCGUCCCACUUAGCCUUCCUCCAGUCUUCCAAGAUCUUGCAGUGUAGCAGCAGUGCCUCUUUUGCAUCCUUGUACGGUGGACUCGGCUCAUACUGCACCCCCUCGAGAGACCCGGGUUCCUGUGUAGAUGAAGCUCAUGCUAUAUCAGAAUAAA